CGCUGCCAAAACCAGGCCGCGCAAACCGCUGGGAGACGUGCCACUGCCUGCACUUUCGUUGCUGCAAUCAUCUCUGUCAUCUCUUGUCCACGUUAACUGUCGUCUUCUUCUCUGCUGCCGUUCUGCAACCACCGCAGCAUUGACAACAACAGCUAAGUGGCAGAUUCUGGCUGGGACUUGGGCUUGGGAGUCCGGGAGGGCGCCAGGCGCGGACAGAACCUCGGAGCCCGCCAUCUCUCUCUAGCCAUCACUACUGCAAUCACCCCCUCCCUGAAGGAGGAGAAAGCACUAGAGAGAGACCACUGUCCUCAGUUCCCAGUCAGUUAGCUUGCUGCUGACAAAAUCUGAAGACGGGAGAACGGACAUAGUCUCUCAGAUCGCGAAAAAUUUCUCCGACUGGGUUGACUGCAGUGUCGACUGUUUGCCAGCUUCAUAAGCAAAGGGCAGCUUUGCUUCGGCCACCUAAGCCUGAGCCAUGUCUCCUCCGACCGUGCCUCCGACUGGGGUGGAUGGCGUGUCCGCCUACCUGAUGAAGAAAAGGCACACUCACAAGAAGCAGCGGCGUAAGCCCACUUUCCUCACUCAUAGGAACAUCGUUGGCUGCCGCAUUCAGCACGGCUGGAAAGAAGGCAACGAGCCAGUGGAGCAAUGGAAGGGUACUGUGCUCGAGCAGGUUUCCGUGAAGCCCCCUCCUAAUAUAAUUAAAUAUGAUGGCAAAGACAGUGUGUAAGGACUAGAACUGCACAGAGAUAGAGAUUUAGCUCUGGAAGUUCUUCCCGAGAGAGUUCCUUCUCCUCGCAUUGAUUCCCGCCUGGCAGAUUCCCUGGUUGGGAAAGCAGUGGGACACGUGUUCGAAGGUGAGCACGGCAAGAAAGAUGAGUGGAAGGGCAUGGUGUUGGCACGAGCUCCCAUAAUGGACACUUGGUUUUACAUCACCUACGAGAAAGAUCCGGUCCUCUAUAUGUACACCUUGCUGGAUGACUACAAGGAUGGUGACCUGCGUAUCAUUCCAGAUUCCAACUACUACUUCCCUACAGCAGAACAGGAGCCUGGGGAGGUGCUCGACAGUCUUGUGGGCAAGCAGGUGGAGCACGCCAAAGACGACGGAUAGAGAACUGGCAUCUUUAUCCAUCAGGUGGUGGCCAAGCCGUCUGUCUUCAUCAAGUUUGACGACGAUAUUCACAUUUAUGUCUAUGGUUUGGUGAAAACCCCAUAGGCUUAUAGUGGAAACUAUUAGAGGUAAAAAUAUUUGACGUUCUCAAAUUAUGUGCUUUGAGAACAAUUUUGAGGUCAAAAGUUCAGGACGGUUGGUAAAUCUUAUUGUGCCUCUAUAUCUUAUAUUGACUAUUGCUCAGUUUGAAUCACGUGUAUGUUAGUACUUUCGUUGUUUAUUUGUUUUGUAAUUGAAAAUGUAAAUUGAUUGCUAAGAAAGAAGUUAAAAAGUGUUUGAAUCCACUGACAGAAUUCAAAAGUAGGUAAACUGUGCAACACGUCUCCAUCCCCUCUUUGGAUUUUUCCAGAUUAGUUUGAGAACUUGGUUUUUAUCUUAGGAUGUUUUCCCUACUCUCAGAAAGUUCGAUGUAGCUUUUGUAAGAUUCACCAGCCCAUGACAGACCUUCUGAUCAAUAGCGCAGUCAUCUCUGCCUCUCAGCCUGACACUUCCUCUCACAACUGUACACAGUAAUACAGAUUUGCCAAAAAGUAUUCAUUCUGUUGUUGGUGAGCAUUUCUUUCCCUUUUAACUUGUAUCUUGUAUUGCUGUUUUGUUGUAUUCAGGUGCUCUUAUUUCUGUGGAAGAGUUACGUAGGCAUACACACACACACACACACACACACACACACACACACACAUAGUUUUAAGAAAUAUUGCAAGGUUGGCAAGGUUGGUGUUCACUGGUCUUUAAUGUUCGAAAAGCUGACUGGUAAAAAGUUCCAUGAUUUUCCUGAUUAGUUUGUUUGGUGUUUACCUGACUCAAUGAGAUUUAUUUUUCUACUUGGGAUAUUUCUCUUUUGUGUUUUGCUAAUUCUUAUCCUUUGUUCUUUUAGCUGUUCAAUUGAUAUAUUUUCAUAUAAAGUAGUAGGAAUGUCUACGAUGAAAGUACAUUAUCAUUUAUAUUUCAUGUGUUAAUGAAUUUUACACUAUAUGAUUAAUUUUGACUUUAUUGAUAUUAUUGUUCACUUUAUAAUUUUUAAAACUUUAAGUAAUUUUAUAAUUUUAAAACUUCUAUAUCUUUUAUGAGUUUUUGAUUUCUUAUUUUUUUCAGACAGAUAUCUCUAAGUCACACCAAUAUUCACUUUGUUUUUCUCAUAAUCUUUAUUUUAUUUCAGUUUUUAUCUAUCUGAAAUUUAUUUUUCCAUAUAGAAAUACAUAUGGAUUUAACUACAACUUUUUUCACAUAUUCAAUUGUAGAAAUUACUUUUUUUAAAAAGAUCACUUUUUUCAAUUUUUUUUUUAGUGAAAAUGAGUUUUAAGCAUAGUGGCUGACCAUAAGUUUCAAAAACUGGAAUAACGAAUUUCCUUUCAAUAGCUAUUUUUUCCUUCCUUAUUAUAAUUCAUCCUCUACAUUCAUCUAUUGACAAGAAACUCAAUGUAUUUUAUUAUAUUUUGAAAAGGGUCUGAUACCUAUUAGAAUUGCAUCAAUUUUAUGUAUUCUUACAUAUAAGGAUAAUAUUAAUAGGUAUAUUAUUCCUUAACAUGCAAGAGUUUGGGUUCAUUAUUGAAAUAUUUUUAUCAUUUUCAUUACAUUCUUCAUAUAGAUCAUUCAUAUUUAAUGGAAUUUAUUUUUGCAGUUGACAAAUUUUAGAAUAAAUUGAGCAUUUUUUCCUCCUUAUAUGUAACUUUUUAUUUUUAUCGAUAAAGGAAAUCUAUAGAUUUUAUAUUUUUAUCUUUUAUCCAAUGAAUUUAUUUAAUCCUACAGGUUACAUUGGAUUCUGUUAGAAACUUUUGGAUUUUCUUGAUAUAUACAAUUAUUUCACAUGUAAAGAGAGAUCAUUUUAUUUCUUCUAAUGCUUAUACUUAUUAGCAUUACAUUAGCUAUAUUCUCCAUAACAAUGAUAUGUAAUGAUGAUGGCAGACGUGCCUAUUAAAUUUUAAUUUUUAUGAAAAUAAUUUUACUGUUUCAUGUUUGACUUUGUUGUUGAUUGUUGGUAAGUAGUUAUUCAUGUAUUAAGAAAUUUCUCAUAUUUCUGUUUUUACAUAGCAUUACCUUUAGAAAUGUCUCCUCUUUUUAUCAAUGCUUUUUAAAUAUCCUUUAUUAAAUUAUGUUUUUUUUCUUUAAUUUUUGAUGUAUGAUUUAUUAGAAAAUUAGGUAUUUAGUACUAAACCAAACAUGCAUUUCUGAAAUAACACUCUAUCUGGUCAUGGUAAAAUGAUCAUUUAUAUAUUUUUGCUAUA